AUUGCUUCCGCUCUCUCCCAAAAACGAGAGUUUCUGCUUCCUGAAUGGGAGUUGCCGCUGGGUGUUCCGAACCUCUGUUAGUCUUCUAACUUCAAUCGUUUUUAUUCUCCUUCAUUGUAUAUACCAUCACAUCUCUCAUUGCCUUCCAUAUCAUGUUUCUUCGUUUUCCCUUUUGGUAUCAAAACCCCAAAAAUAGUUUGUGUUGUUCCUUUUUCAACCCUCAUCAUAAACCCUAGAAUCCAAAUAUCAUGUUUUGAACCACUGAUUAUAGUGGUUUGCAGUGGGAUUUGGGUGCUAAAUCAAAUCGCAGAUCAUCUCAGACCCUUUCCCCAAAAGAGUAUCUUCAUCCUAAAGACUUUGAUUGGGGCAAUCGACAUUUGAUUGAAGUUAUUUGAAGCUUCACUUCAAGUCCAUAAUCCUCCCAACUCAUAUUGCCUAUCAGAAAAGCAUAAAUCUCGGAGCUAGCCUAGGUGUCUUUCCCUUGGGAAUUUGGGCAAUUGAAAAAGCUGGAUUGUAUGUUUCUGCGUUUUCAAUUUCAUAGAGGGAAAUCAUUUCUGAAGAGUGCGUUAUCAAUUAACCAUGGAUUAAUAGCAAUCAGGAUAUUAUUUCAUGAGCCUGGGUUAAUUUCCUUGAGUUAUGCUGUUAGAACUGUGAGUAUUUUGUCUGUGAUGCUGUUGGGAAUAUUUCUACUCAUUGAGAAAAUGUGUUUUUGCAAUUUUGGACAUAGUUUCAUCUACAAAGUAUGGAUGCAAAUGGAUUUGUAUGAUGCUUUAGGGGCAGAUGUAUGUCUGAGAACCAUGUCUUGUUUUUGAUUCUCAAUCCCGGUAGCUUUUAUACUUAUGACUAGCAACAUUAUGAAGAUUGUUUUGAAGGACUACAUUGAUGAUUAUGGACUCCUGGAGGAUAGUUUAAAAUAUAAGAUUGGCUAUUUUGCAAAGGGUUUUGGUGAUUUAGGUUGUUCUUUUUGGAAAAGAAAAAAUAUAUGUUAUAUGAUUGCCUGUCUACUUGAUGAUGGCAUGAGAUUAAUGGUGGCAAAGGAGUUGUUUUAGGCCAAUCUGGAGUGGGUGUCUCAGCUGGGGGAGGUAUGGGUGCAUGGCAGCAAGAUUUUUAUCUUUCCAUGUUACCAUAUACUUACUCUGGUGGCCUUUCUUUUCCUCCAUUCUUUGUCAUAAGCAGAAAUGGACUCCUUGUAUGCUAAUGGUCCGCUGUGAUCUCUCUGCCCUUGUUCAAUUUGGUUUUUCCCUUGUUUCACUAGUAGGAGGUCUCUCCUUGGAGGUGCUGUUUUGCUUUGCACAACUAGCUAGUCUCAACUCCUUGGUUCCUCUCUAUGGUGCUGUAUUUCAUAUGACUAAGGGUGAAGCAGAAGGUGAAGCAGAUGAUAUGCUUAAGAGGAUGAACAGCUUCUACAGCUUCUGGCAGGAGCUACCUUGUCCUUAUCUCUUUUUUGCAGGAUUUCAUCAGGGUGUUUUGGUGUUUUGUUUUUGUUCCUACUCUGUUUAAGACUAUUUUUCCUCUCCUGAAAUGAAUUAUUCAGACUGAUAUCGGAUCUGGUAGUUUGUCAUUGUCUCUGCAACUCGUGGUGGCAUUGCCUUCUGUGCUGGACAACUGGUUAGUGCCAAUGUGCCUUCUAUGUCUUAUGGCAAUUGGAAACUUGGAAACCCAUUUUACUUAUCACAAUUGAAAUGUUAUGUCAUGUACAAGAUUAUAGCUGGCCAGCUUGAAGCUAUUUUAAGAACAUAGUUUUGUAUAUUCUUGAAGGAGUCUUACAUUUACA